UGUGGUAUAGCAAGGUUUUGCACUAGAAAUACAUUCGUGGCCAGUACUUUGUGAAAGACUCGAGAGACGGCGAGUGUGGCGGCAUUACGAGAAAAGAGGAUAUCUGUGUAGAAGAGCCGCUGACAACCUGGGUAGAAAAAUAUGUCUCUGCCAUGAUUGACAAAGACCCAUUCUUGACUUUUUGAGGACGCUGCUGCAGAUUUUCGAUCAAUACUGUAUCUGCCUACUUCUACCACCGGUCACGAAAAGUCCACCUUGUCAGCGACUGCAGAUCAUUGCAUGCAGUGCAUGCUGCUUAACGAGCGCAAAAACGCGGAGACACACGGGUAACGAGAACCCUUUGAAUCCCGGAAAACGCAGAUACGGCCAAUCAGAUUGUAGCAAUCCCCUGCCAGAGCGACGGACGUGUACUGGUGGAAACCGAGAUUUGCUACUCUCGACCUGAGGCAGACUUUCGAACAAAGUCGGCAUCGAUUGUAGUACUUAGUCCUCGUAGAACACCAGCGAUAAAUCAGAGUACGCCUUGUAUCGUUGUGUACUUCAUCAGGGUUGCUGCACGUCUGGCGGCACGUUUCUGCUCCUAGUGCAAUUCUGGCAAACUAUGCAGGGCUACGUAGGAACUCCAGAAAAAGAAAAGUACAAGUACAAUCCUGCUGACGGGUGUUGAUCGACUCAGUAAUCCUGCAGCGCUUCAAAAAGCGACUCCACAGCAGGUACUAGACGAACAACAAAUCAAUACGCCGUCGCAGUAGUGAUAGGCUAGUGUACUACCGCUACAGCUUGGCGACGGACACAAACGUGGUUUUGACGCAUUUCCUCAUCGACUUGAUUUUUCGGAAUUUUUCCUCGUUGAUGCGGUAGAAGGCUCGUGUAAGAUUUGGGCGGAUUCUUAUUCUCCACGGGAAGAAACCCCUUUCAGAUUCAGAAGUGGUGGCAUCGCGGGCACAAGUAGGGUUUAGGGUUUCUUGAGAUAUUCAUCUGUGUCCAGUAAACAAGCAAAGAGUGUAUCGGGUAGUAGAGAAGCGUCCCGUGCGCGCUAGAGUGGUCAAGAGCAUUCAUACGCAGCAGCAGGUGUAGAUCUUCCCUCAUCCCAAGAACAGCGUCACGACGACGGUGGCAAAAUGCCGAAGGCACAGAGUUUUCUGGCCUUUACGAAAAGGUUUUCAGAUUUGAAGAAGAAUAGAACACGAGGGCCAGGGGUACAGACCACAGCACGACCAAGGGAUGGAUCAGGCGCAUCGAAUCCGAGGCUGACUGUGCUGGUAGAAGACUAUGUAUAAUGAUAAGACGACAAAAAGAUAUCAACUACUAAUUACGGGUAAGUAGGUUAAAGGUCUUCUUGUUACCGUUUGUUAUGGCUCUCCUAAGGGAGACAGGCAUAACAAACGGGAUAAACGAACACCAAAAGCCUACCGCUAAACUCAGUACUCUUCAAACAGGCACGUCGUUAUUGACUUAUAUUUUCUGAAGUUCUAGCAUCCAGAUCCACUUUGUAGUCAAGAACCCUUUAAUCCUACUCCUUGUACAACUCAUCCAGGUAAGGAAAAGGCCACUGAACAAGAAAGAGCAAGAAGGCAAAGAGAAAGAUGUAGUGGCGUGUGAGCAGAACGAGGCGAUUGUCAGGGAACCGAAGCUCAAAGUCGACUUGACGAAGUAUUGAAACUAGCGCAACUAGUCUAGAUCAGUUUCCCUUUUCUAUCACACAGGUUCAAGACGAAGAAUGAAUAGUACGAGAUCGUGACGAAACAUCUACAUUUUCGCGUCAAAAAGACUUCUCUAAAAAUCAACACCACCCCAGGUACACAGAAGAGCAUCACUUCCUUUUCGACCGCACGUUCGAUGAAUUUCACACGAACGAGGACCUCUAUACCUCUUCGGUCAAGCCGCUAGUCGAAGCUGCAUUCAAUGGCGCAAGAUGUACGUGCUUCGCCUACGGGCAGACAGGUACUCAGACUUACGAUACAGGCAACUAUUGCGUGAUGGCACCAUAGAUUAAAAACUUCAAUACAGUUUGAGUUCAUUUUCUUUGGAGUGCGAUUGCUAACUAUUGCGUGAUGGCACCAUAGAGUAAAAAAGGCUUCAAUACAGUUUGAGUUCAUUUUCUUUGGAUUUUUGCUAGAUUUGGAACUACGACUUUAGAAGCAUUCUCUCAAUCACAAAAAUCAAUACAGGUUCAGGGAAGACAUAUACAAUGAUGGGACCAGGACAGAGGUCAGUAGACGUGGACGGCAAGAGAUUUUACGACGAAGACGGUGCCCGCGCUGAGGAUAGUGCGCCAAUACCAAAGGGUAUAAGGUCAUGCUGUUGUAGUUGCAUUGGGAUUAGAUAAUCUUUGAAAUUCUUGAAAACGACACGAUGUAGUGAGUGUGACUUUCUCAAGAAAACAAGUUCGUAAAUAGACUAGUCUUGACUAAAAACAGGUAUAUUCUUGCUCGCAGCAGAGGAUUUUUUCGAUAUGCUCAGAGGGCGAGAGCAAAAUCUCGGAGUGAUCAUAUCGUUUUAUGAAAUCUAUUGCGGAAAGCUCUUCGACCUUCUCAACAGGCGGCAACUACUGCAUGCUAGAGAAAAUGCGAAGAACAAAGUAUUCUUCUUAUCAUUGUUGCUGCUAUGUUAAUCUCCACCAACAGUAACCCUAACGACCCUAAGACCAUCUUCAAAAUUUGAUCUCGAGCCCCUGUUACAGGUUUGCAUCGUCGGAUUGACCGAAACGCAAGUAUCAAACGUCGAGGAAGUGAUGCACGUGAUCGAAUUUGGGUUGCAAGCGCGCACCACUGGUGUCACAGGAGCAAACAUAGACUCAUCUCGGUCACACGCCAUCCUUCAAAUCACCCUAAAAGACAUCACCCAAGAAAGCCAGCCAAUACACGGGCAAGUCAGCUUCAUCGAUUUGGCGGGUACAACCUUUAGACAUUUGAUUAAUUGGCGAUAUUUAUUAUGAUGUGACCUCCAUUCUACUAAAUGGAUGAACCGAGGAAGCCUCAGUGGAUUGAAAGUGGCCGAAGUCCAGCAGAACGAUCAGGCAACAACAAAGCUUCAGUUCUUCUUGACUUGUUUCACUCCCGAUCUCACCCCAAGGUUCCGAGCGCGGCGCAAACACGCUUGACCAGGAUAGACAAACCAGGCUCGAUGGCGCAGAAAUCAACAAAAGUCUUCUAGCGCUGAAGGAAUGCAUAAGAGCAUUAGAUCAACAGUUAGAGCACACUCCUUUUCGAGGCAGCAAGCUUACUCAGGUACUCUUUCAUAGACAGUAGUGCAGAUUGUUUUAAUCAUAUUGUUUAGCUUGGUUGUUUGCUUGUUACAAGACAUCCUCGUGGUUAAGUAGAUGCAUGCUUGCAGACAGGAUAUUUACUCUUACUAGAGCCGAAUUAAAUCCUACACCACCCCCAGGUCCUCAAAGAUUCAUUUGUUGGCGAGUAUUGUCGGACGGUUAUGAUUGCGACUGUCUCACCUACCGCUAGCACCGUGGAACACACAUUGAAUACCCUGAGAUACGCCUAUAGGGUGAAGGAGUUGCAAGACCGGUCUUCUAUACCGGAAAUGCCCAAAAGACACUACAGUCCACCUGCACGAUUAGUGGACGAUAUGAAGGAGCCGGUAUUAGACUGAUAAGAAUAUUCUAUGUGCCAACUUUCAUGAUUUCUUUGUACGGAUCCCUAUACCAGGGGAACUACCUCUAAUAUCUAUCGGCAGCAUUUGCAGUCCCACGUUGUAAUGUCCAUGUUAGAAGAAUCAAUGAGGUAAACAACAGCAAUCUAUUGUAUUCCAUCUUAUCAAAUAACAGGUCCCCGGAAACAAGGACUCUGGCCCCUCACGGAUUCCGGGGUCCGCCAGCACCAGUCGCAGUUACACAGACGACAAUCCUAGGGAUAGCCGGUCGAGCGCUAGCACAGCUGAAGGGGCCACCUCAGCGUCCUCUAGUAGCUCCUCUAGUUCUGCAUCUAUUGCGCCAGCACCUCGAGACCUAACAAUAGGGGGCUCCUCUUCGUCGCGUAUCACCGGAAGCAGCGUGAUGAGUGGCUCUUCGUCUAGUUCGUCAUCGUCUUCUAGUGCGCUUGCGGAUAUAGGAGGACCAUCUUCAAACUCGACAGGCUCCUCUAGCGCCUCAUCCUCUAGUGGCGCAGCUGUUGGUGGUUCUAGCUCCUCUUCGAGCGCAACUCCCACAGCGAGCGGCAGCGGGACAACAAAGCGAAGCGCACGACCGCGCAAGGAGCGGGAUAGCCCUAGCCAGAAAACACCAAGGCGAGGCAAGAGCCCCAUAAAGAAGUCGUCAACCACAUCAUCCUCGAGCAUGGCAGAUAACCCUGCGAGAGCAAGUAGCGCAACGGCACCGGCCGUGAGCACUACUGCCGGAGAGAGCGACGCCACUUCAGGGAUGGGCAGAGCCGGAUCGCAACCAGACGACCAGUAUCCAGAAUUGCGCGACCUGGUCAAACGGCAUGACCAGCUGAUAAGUACUACAUUCGCAGCUCUUUUUGAAUGCAUUUAGAUAACCAUCAAGAAGCGAGACGGACGCCGGCGCAACUGAUGGCCCCAUCCGCAGCCCAGCGAAGACGAGGCCAGGCGAAGCACCUCGAUGGAGGGCAACCACAACGAGGCCCCGCACGCAUCGCCGACCUCUAUCGACGACGAAGAAGGGGCGAGCGGUGCGCGAGCGGUUAGCGCCUGGCCCCUCUGGAUAGCGGCAAAAGCGGAGGAGGGGGGCGUCCUCGCUAAGGAGGGGGAGCGCAGAAUGGUGGCAAAGGUUUGGCCGUCGUUUCUUGUAUGCACAAGGACAGGACGCCGAUGGCCCGCGUCGCAUUGCAGUCAACCCACUGCCAUUCGUGGAGCUUCUGCCCAGAAGUGUGCCGGCUACGCGCUGGCCAGCCUUGCACGAGCUUCAAAAGAAGCACGCGCCGGCCCCGGGCGUAUUGGAGGCGCGAGACCAAAUGGGCCAGCUGGGUGCGCGCGGUGAAUUGGGAGCGUGGCAAGGCUUGGGGCGUGGAUUCGCCUCGCACCCACGGAAAUGGGGCAAGGCGUGGCGUAGAUGCUGGCGCUUUUGCGGAUAUCGCCAGGCUUCGAAGGAGCUGGGGGGCGGUGUUCGUUGUGGACAUCUCACGCGACUGCUCGCUGCAUGCUUCUCGUGGCGCUUGGGCUUCGUCUGUCUGCGCCGUUGUCACCGAUCUGGCGCUCGGUCCUCGGAUUGCCCUCGUGAUUGAGAACGGGGGCGGCAUCGUCUGCGAUGCUCGGCGCUUGGUCCAGUGGUCUAGCGUCUGCGCUUGUUCUUUUCAGCAAAAGCAUCGACGGGCCGAGCUUGGCCCUUUUCAUCCAGCGCGCCAUACUCUGCGCCUGUGCAUCGUUUAGGCGUGACGCGGCGGCCAAGGGUGGCGCAAUAUCGUGGAGGCCUUGGCGGUCUCUUCUUCCUUCCUUUUUCUUUUUUGCUGGCUUAGUGCGAUGCGACAAACCUUGCUGGAGUGUUAGCGCGUUCGCACUACUCGGCGGGCUGGCUCCACUAGGUGGAUCUACGCGCAGCCCCCGCGCUUCCGGAUACUCCGGUUACGGAUGCCGAAGCGAAAAGCGACAAGCGUGAGAACUUUCGCCAUUUCUCCCCAAGACAGCACGCAGACGCUUGCGCCGCGGCAGUUUCGGGCCGGGGAGUAUUGUGUGGGGAGUCUGCUCUGGAGGUAGUCCCGCAGCGUUGGGCCCCUUUCAUUUUUGCGGCGUGGUGUCAAUUGCAAAAGACUCCGCAGCAGCUGGCGGCGCGCAGCUGGCUGGCCUUUUUUUUUCUGGCUUGUGUUGUGUUGGUUAUAAAUGCCGGCAGUGGCUUCUUGUGAUAUCCAUCGGCGCCACGGGCUUUAGUCGUCUUGCUCAUGUGCUUGCUGAUGGACCCCGUUUUCUUCUGAUACAUAGACCCACCCGCGCCGCAGUUCCUUCCCCGCGCCGUCUUCCCCCCCGACCGGCGCAUGUUUCAGUCCUCUCUCAUCCUCGUCCCUCCUUACUCUCACUCAACAUAUUUCUCGCCCCUCCACGUCCACACGCUUCAUGACAGGUCUCAUCUUGCAAGAGGAGGAAGAUUUGAUUGCGUCGCACAGACAGCACAUUGACCAAAUGGUCGAUCUGGUGAAAGAAGAAAUGAAGUAUAUCAACCACGUUGACCGCCCUGGCUCAGACGUCGACGCCUAUGUUGCUGGCCUCGAUCAUAUUCUCAACCUCAAGACGCAGUAUGUGCAGGUACAAAUACAAUUCUUCUAUAAAUAAUCUAUAAUUAGUCUUUGAUGGCAUGUCAUGAAUGAUCUUUCGUCUUAUCUAUCCUUACAAGUAUUUCUCCAGGUCUUGUUUCCGUACAAUUCAUUGAAAGUUUUGUUAGUGAAGAUCAUUGUAAUUCUGACCCUUCACCACCACAAUUAUGCAGGAAAUUCGAGGGAAAGUGAACCGGUUUCAAGAACAUCUGCGUGAAGAGGAUGUCUUAUCCAAAAAAUUCCAAGCUCGCAAAAUGGAAUUGAACCAAUCUUCGGCAAGAUGAGGCCACGCAAAAACACGAAUAUAGUAAGAGAACCUGCGUCGCCUGACAGUGCCCAAAGUUGGCACAGCGCUUGUGGUUCAUUCGCGCGCAAGUUGUUUAUGCGAAACAGACAUCAACACGACCACUUUUUUGCCGCUCUGUGUGUACUUAAUACUUUUCGACGUAAUUUUGGGAUGAUCAUCUCUCGGGACUCAUCCGUGGAUUUUAGAGUUUCAUAUAUCUCAGAAUUGCAAUUUUAAAUUGGUAAAAGUUUCAGUUAGCGGUUUAUGGGAACAACUAGCGCACCAACGCGAAGUUGAUGCGGCUACUCCGCUCAGGGUAUGGAAAAAGCUAUCUUGACCUCAACAACGAAAAAUGACUCAAGAAGAUUUUGCAUGAUGUACUUCGUAACGAAAAAUAGCAAUCCAGCUAAGCAGCACUACUGUUAGUGAUUACAAAUAGCUCAACCACAAUAGCAAUAGUACCGGAGAAAUUCUAUUUCUAUCGUCAAAUUCAAAGUUUAUUGGGGUUUUCGAAAUACUACACCUAGUGACUUUUCUACGACACCACAAGAUUUUAUGAUUCCUAAAGUAUUUCUCACGUGCGCCAUAAAAAGAAUGCGCGACCACGACCCGUCAAGCACGCAUUGUAGUGCGGUGGAUCUGAAUGCGAAUGGGGUGUCAACUAUAUCUAGUGACCAGUAUAGAACAGAACGCCACGACCAAACUAAUGCACACAAGUACUUCGCUGAGGCAAGCGCAAGUCUGAAGUGCCAC